AUGGAUCCCGCGCAAGCUUUGGCCUUGAAGGAGAGAGGAAAUCUCUGCUUCAAGAAAGGCAUGUUUCAGUCCGCGGUCGAGCUGUAUUCACAGGCCAUCAAAUGUGACUCAAGCUGCGCAGUGUACUACACGAAUCGCGCACUGUGCUACAAGAAACUCGGGAAAUGGACACUCGCUCUCGAAGACGCGAAAGAAGCUGCCAAGCUUCAGUACGACAACAUCAAGGCGCACUUCCUCAUGGGAGAAGCUCUCCUGCACCUAGGCUCGAUGGAGGAAGGUCUGCAGCAGCUGACAAAGGCACGAUCUCUCGCGACAGCGGCGACAACGAUCAGACAAGAGAUUGAGGACGCGAUUCACAAAGGAAACAAGAUGCUGUUUCUUCGCAAAAAAGAAGAGCGGUCGAAAGAGCGCGCCGAACUCGCUUCAUUCUUGCGGACUUCGCUGGAGACGUUGUACGCCAGCGGCGCGCUGACGUACUCCGAGCUCCAGCAAAGAGUGGAGCAGCUGGACCGCGUCGUCGAGGAGGCGGAGGCGUCGACACAACCGUUCGAAGUCCCGAGCUGCCUUUCGUGCAGUAUUUCCAUGGCGAUCAUGAACGAUCCAGUGAUCACCCCCAGCGGCAUUACCUACGAGAAGAGUCUUUUACGGGAACACCUAAGGCACAACGGCCAAUUCGAUCCGAUUACCAGGAAGCCUUGCCCGUCGGACUCGCUCGUCCCCAACUACGGUCUGAAGGAAGUGAUAAGCUGGUUCCUUAAGAAGUACCCCUGGGCGUAUGAUUCUUGA